CGAUUUAGCGCCAUGCUUUUGGUAUCGCCUAAAAUCGUAGUGUUGUGGAUCUCCCUACUCAUCUCUGCAUUAACAACGAACAUUAUCUGUCAAGAGAUUUGGUACUGGCUGAUACGUUCUUCACUCUUGAAAACGAAGUCACAAUGUUAUCACGCAAGAACAAGGAUCUUCGAACAAUUAAAGAAGGUGUCGUUGGAAAAUAUGUCAAGAAGGAAACACCUCCAGAGAUGCCCAUUAUUAAUGUUUGGACGACAGAGCCAAAUAGAAGAACAAGAAGACGCAAUAACCAGCCAACUAUACCUUCAUCUAUGCCAGUUCCUCAACAACCCAGUAUGGUACAGAAAUUUGGAAAUACUAAAACAACAAUGAGUGCUGUAGGUUUGGGAAGUCACGAGGGAAAAUAUACUCCAAACAGUUCAGUUCCUGAUUUGGCUCAAAGGUUUGCUAGUCUUUCUGUUAAUUCUGGCUCAAGUGAUGGAAUGAGUUCACGUACAGUUACUCCAAUGUAUCAUCCUGGAUUAUCACCAGCUAUAUCACACACUUAUGUUAACCAAUAUGCAGGAUCUGAAUACCAUUUGGACAGGGUUCAGACACCACAAAUGCCUUACCUGCCUUUUGAAAUUGACACAGGCUAUGAAGAAUAUAAUCAAGCACCAUACCGCUUAAAUGCCGGUUACAGUAGAACUCAUUCGGAACGAUCGAGUUCUAGAAGUGAACAACCGGAGGAACUACCGCUUCCUCCUGGUUGGUCUGUUGAUUUUACUCUUCGUGGAAGAAAAUAUUAUAUAGAUCACAAUACAAAGACUACUCAUUGGUCACAUCCUCUUGAAAAAGAGGGUUUACCAACUGGAUGGGAAAGAAUUGAAUCACCAGAAUAUGGUGUUUAUUAUGUUAACCAUAUCACCAGACAAGCACAGUAUGAACAUCCAUGUUAUCCAUUAGAAAUGCAAGCAGUGAGAGUUGUAUCGCCACCACGACAUACUCAUUUUCAUUCUCACAGUGUGUUAGUUCCAGCCAAUCCUUACCUGAAUGAAGAAAUUCCACACUGGUUAUACGUUUACAGUCGGGCCUCUGUCGCUCUGGAUCGCAAAUUGCGUUGGGAGCUUUUCCGCUUGCCAGAACUUGAUUGUUUUAAUGCAAUGUUAACGAGGCUUUAUAAACAGGAACUAGAAGAAGUGGUCAUGCGUUACGAAGAAUAUAGAUCGGCGCUGUUAUGCGAAAUGGAGCAGAGAUUAAAAGAAUUAAACCCGGAAUCAGGUACAUCUGCUGCUGGAGCAAUAGCUUUGCGUCGAUCUCUCCCUUAAACAUUAUUAUUUCCUGUAGAGAUAAUUGAACAAAAUUUGUCCAAUGAUGACUGAUGAUUGUUACUUGGCCACAUUACUGACUAGCAGUAUUUUGAUUUUUAGACACAUUACUAUAAGUAAUUAGUAUAAGAGAAAUUCAAAAGAUUAUUUUUUUGUAUGGUACCUUGUUAAAUACAUUUUACAAUACUAGUAUUUUGUCAUCUAAGGACUGAAGUAUUAAAUAUAACAUAUUGUCAACUGUUAA